AUGCUUCUCAUGAACGAAUUCUUUGCCAAACUAUCGCAAGACGCUGGAGUCACUGAAAUAUCGAUUGUGAGUGAUGGAGCCAUCACACCACGAUCCUGUGCCAGUCGUCGUCAGCAGCCUCAUUCCACGUCACCUUCACGACGCCGAACUAACAGCAAUACUGUUACUGCCAAGAAGGAUGGAAAGCAACAAAAGUUUGUGCCUAGUCAACAACAUACGGAUAGUGCACCGCCUAGCUAUCCGUCCCGUAAUCGGGUGGUAGCUAGUAGUAGUAUUCAUAAGACUAGUGGUGCUGGAAAGCAGAAGGAAUACGAAAAUGGUUGCGUGGAACAACCAUCACCACCAUCACCACAGACCAGUCGUUGGCACGAUUCAAGCAAGAACAGUGAGGCACUCAACAGUACUAUUCGAUCAUCAAUAUCAUCAUCAUCAUCAACAUCAUCAUCAACAAUAACAUCAACCACAAGACCAGGCUUUGAGGCUUCAAUCAUGCCAAAUCGUUCAGCAUCUGCAACAACUACACAGAAUAAUAAUAUGAAGACAACACCAACAACCACAACAACAGUGCCAGUGACGAUACAACCACCAAUGGCACCUAGACGGAAACAAAGCAUUGAUGAAACACUUCCAGAAGAUAUGUAG